AUGGCAUUCAGAAGGCAAGUGAAAAACUUUGUGAAAAAUUACUCCGAUGCUGAAAUAAAAGUCAGGGAAGCAACAUCUAAUGACCCUUGGGGUCCCUCUAGCUCUCUGAUGUUAGCAAUCAGCGACUUGACUUUCAACAGGAUCUCUCUCUCAGAGAUUAUGCACAUGCUAUGGCAGAGACUUAGUGACCAUGGGAGGAAUUGGCGCCACAUGUACAAAUCCCUUAUCCUAAUGGAUUAUCUCAUCAAGAAUGGAUCAAAGAAAGUUAUUCAGUGCUGCAGAGAGGGCUUCUGUAACCUUCGGAUGCUGAAAGAUUUUCAACACAUAGAUGAAGCUGGAAAAGACCAAGAUCGUUAUAUCAGGGGGAAGUCAAAGCAAGUGAUAACGCUAAUGUACGAGCAGAUGCCCUACAGAGAGAGGGAAGUGGCGAGCUGGACCAGGCAGUGUACCUCCUACUCCAUGACGCUUCCCAGUAGGUUUCCUGGAGCAGAGAACUCACCCACAGCGUGUGCUUCAGCCCUCAUAGUGGAAAGCCCAGCUUCAGCAGAGAAGAAACAGUUGCUCCUGAAGACCACAAGUCUUUGUAAUAAAAAAAACGCUUCCAAGGCAAGACUACAACAAGAGCUUUGCCAAGACGUUCCCUUGCCUGCCGGAACUGUGCCACCCAAGGACUCUCCGCAGCUCAGGACCAAGAUGUGGAAAUCCACAGAGGACCUGACGCUAUUGCAUGAUGAAUAUCCAAAGCAACUUUCAUUUCCGAUCCCUCCUUCCAUCACCUCUCCAGCUUCAUGGUUGUCAGAAGAGGGGGCAGAAGUCUGUAACCUCUGGGAUGCAGAUGCUGUGUCUAUGCCCUCAGAAAAAAGCCCAUUGAUGCAGACAAAUAUGAAUUUAGACAAGAGACUGAAGGAAGCCAUCACAAACAUUACCACAGAAACCCCCUUGCAAAUCCUGCAGGAAAAGCAGGCAGCUGCAAAAAAUGUUGAAACACUGACACCACUACCAACAUUUUGGCCAAGGGAUAAAGAGGAGUUGAUCAGCCUCAGUUUAAGGACAUCAAAGUCAGAGUCCACUUCCCAUGGCCAGUCCUCUGUAGAGACUCUCUAUACCUCACUCUUCAAAGCAUUUAGCCCAGUGACACAGACCUCCACCUGUAAGGACCUCCUGACAGGCGCACAGCCCAGCAUUGGCCCGGUGGAUGAUGGGAGCCUCAAGCCCUUAGCCAUGCGAAGUGAGUGCACCCCAAAACGAGCCAAGCAAGCAGUUUCCACCACCUCCGAGGGCAUAUCUUCCGUUUCCACCUUGUCUGUGUCAUCUCCUGAUUCGGCCCAUCCAGAGAAGUCGGUCCAUACUUGCCCCCCAGGUUUGACCAGCCCCUCUUUCUGGACUCUGCCCCAUCUGCAGUCAUCUUCCGCCUCCUUCAAAUACAGAGAUAAGGCAGGCAGGAUCCUCCACCCCUUCCUUCCCAGGGGCACAGCAUCUUCAGAUGACAAGGACUACAAAUACCUCAAUCUGCCAGGGAACCUUCCAGAUAACUCCGAUUCUGCCACCAAGAAGCCAGCUCCCGGUGCCAGCAGGAGCCAGGCAGCGUUUUCCACCCAGACCGUGGACCGCUUCCCGUUGCUGUCACGUGCUAGCUCAGACGACCAGAGGCUCGCCCGGGAACCCGAGUCCAGCAGAUCCAUCUGAGUUCUCCUAGGCGAGGUGAAGAGCGCUGUGGUUCGACUCCACGAGGACCUGAGCCUGGUGAUCCGGGGGCUCAGCGUCAUCAACAGCCACCUGGGCAGCCUAGGUGGCAGCAGCCCGGCAGCCAGCCAGUCUCCCGAGGGCGGCUCAGAGAGAAUCUAGUCGCCUCCCAGCCGGCUUGGUAGA